CCAAAGCCAUUCCAGUCUCGACUUCUGAAGCAACAGGGGAACAAUGGUGUUGUAGGAGGCUAGAGGUGGAAACCGCAGGAGUUUCUUGCUCAUGUGCAAGAGAAAUCUCGCACAGAAGAUGCUCCUCUUGGCAGUGCUGCAAACAAGCCUACUGCUGGCCACUGUAGUCACAGGAUUAUCAGGCUCUUUGCCUCAGGAGCCAUCAGCUUCCCGUUGCAGCCUUUUUGGGAAUGAUCACAUCAAAACUUUUGAUGGUUCUUUCUACAAUUUUGCUGGGGACUGCACCUACCUCCUCGCUGGGGACUGUCACAAGCACUCCUUCAUGCUCUUAGGUGAUUACCAGAAUGGGGAGAAAACUGGCUUCUCUCUGUACCUCGGGGAAUAUUUCAAUCUUCGCUUCUCCUUUGAUGGAGCCGUGAUGCAGGAAGACAAAAGGGUUUCCAUACCUUUUGCCUCCAAUGGUAUAUUUAUAGAGAAGGAGGCAGGUUAUCACAAAAUAUCCAGUGAUGAGCAUGGCUUUGUGGUGAAGAUGGAUAUCAGCGGCAACAUCCAGAUACUCCUUCAAGAAAGGCACUAUAAUAAGACCUGUGGGUUGUGUGGCAAUUUUAAUAAAUUCCUCGAAGAUGACUUCAGAACUCAGGAAGGGACCCUGGUGGGGAACAGCUAUGAUUUUGCCAACUCCUGGGCUUUGCACAGUGAAAACAAGCGCUGCAAGAGGGUGCAGACUCCAAGCAACACCUGCAACAUUUCAUCUGGUAUUGCAGAGAAGGGCAUCAUGGAAGCCUGCCAGCUGCUGAGGACAUCCUCCACCUUCUCCCGGUGCCACCACCGGGUGGAUCCAGAGCCCUAUAUCGGUGUUUGUGAGAGGGACAUCUGUGCCUGCAGCCACGAGGACUGUCACUGCCCGGCAUUCCUGGAAUACGCCAGGAGCUGCGCCCACCAAGGAGUCCUUCUGGAUGGCUGGCCCCAAGAGAGCUCGUGCAGGCCAAGAUGUCCAGUUGGCAUGGUGUAUAAGGAAUGUGUAUCCCCAUGUACCAAAACCUGCCAGAGCCUGAAUAUCAAUGAAGUGUGUCAUGGACAAUGUGUUGAUGGCUGCAGCUGCCCUGAGGGGCUGCUCCUUGAUGGUGAACACUGCAUCGAGAGCUCUGAGUGCUCCUGCAUCCACUCUGGAAAACAUUAUCCUCCUGGCUUCACCAUCUCCCAGGACUGCAACUCAUGCAUCUGCCGACGUGGCACCUGGCUCUGCAGCAACGGGGAAUGCCCAGGAGAAUGCUCUGUCACCGGCCAGUCCCACUUCAAAAGCUUUGACAACAAGUAUUUCACCUUCAGCGGGAUUUGCCAGUACUUAUUUGCCAAGGAUUGCGUGGAAAAUUCCUUCUCCGUGGUCAUUGAGACGGUGCAGUGUGCAGAUGAUCCCGAUGCCGUGUGCACCCGCUCAGCUUCUGUCCGGAUCCGGGAUAUGGACAACAGCAUCAUCAAAAUGAAACACGGUGGAGGAGUUUCACUCAAUGGGCAAGACAUUCAGGUCCCUUUGCUACAAGGUGCCCUCCGUAUCCAGCGCGUGGUGAGGACUGCAGUUCGCCUUUCCUACGGGGAGCACCUGCAGAUCGACUGGGAUGGCCGUGGGGAACUCCUGGUGAAGCUGUCUCCAGUCUAUUCUGAAAGGAUGUGUGGCCUGUGUGGCAAUUACAAUGGAGACCAAGGGGAUGAUUUUCUUUCACCUUCUGGCAUGGUGGAAUCUCUUCUGGAAGACUUUGGAAACUCCUGGAAGCUAAACGCAGAGUGCCAAGACUUGAUAAAACAAGACAGUGACCCCUGCAACCUCAAUCCUCGUUUAGCCAGAUAUGCUGAGGACUCCUGCUCGAUCCUGCUCUCUCCUGCAUUUGAACCCUGUCACCACGAGGUCAGUCCUGCUCCCUACGUGCAGAACUGCCGCUUUGACGUCUGCUCCUGCUCCAGUGGCAAGGAUUGCCUGUGCUCUGCUGUCGCCAGUUAUGCAGCAGCCUGUGCCAGGAAGGGCAUCCUGGUCCAGUGGAGAGAACCUGACUUCUGCUCGAUGUCCUGCCCCGAGGGGCAGGAGUACCGGCAGUGCGGGACCCCCUGCAACCAGACCUGCCGCUCCCUGUCCUACCCCGAGGAGGACUGCGAGGAGCUCUGCCUGGAGGGCUGCUACUGUCCCCCUGGCCACUACCUGGACGAGCAAGAGCACUGCGUGCCCAAGUCCCACUGCUCCUGUUACUAUGACGGGGAGAUCUUCCAGCCGGAGGAUGUUUUCUCGGAUCGUCACACCAUGUGCUAUUGUGAAAAUGGCUUCAUGCACUGCAGUACAAACAGAGCUCCUGGUGCCUUCCUGCCUGAUGUUUUUGCUGAUGAAAGACCAUCUGCCAGAAUGGAGGCAUAUCCUUUGUUAUGCCUUCAUGAGGAGGUGAGACAUGAAAACCGGUGCGUUGCUCCCGAGAGGUGCCCGUGUUUCCACAAUGGAAGGGAAUAUGCCAAGGGAGAGACGGUGACCAAGGACUGCAACACCUGCGUGUGCCAGGGCAGGAAGUGGGAGUGCACCAAAAACCUCUGUGAUGGCACCUGCACUGUCAUUGGCACUGCUCAUUACUUGACAUUUGAUGGACUGAAAUACAAGUUCCCAGGAAACUGUCUGUAUGUGUUAGUUCAGGAUUUCUGCAGGGAUGACCCUGGAACAUUCAGGAUACUGAUUGCAAACGAAGGUUGUGGCUUCACUGGAGAGAAGUGCAGCAAAAGAGUUAUCAUUCUGUAUGGAGGAGGGGAAAUAGAGUUGUUUAAUGAAAACGUGAAUAUCAAGAUACCUCCUAGUGAUGAAAAUAAUUUAGAGGUCAUGAAGUCUGGGCGUUAUUACAUCAUUUUACUAGGCAAAAGCAUCAGUGUGACCUGGGAUCUGGCCAUGGGAGUCUCUGUUAUCUUAAAAGACAAUUUCCAAGAUCGAGUGUGUGGUCUGUGUGGAAAUUUCGAUGGAGUCCAAAACAAUGAUUUGACCAGCAGCAGUGAACAUCUUGAAGUCGAUCCAGUUGACUUUGGGAAUUCUUGGAAAGUUAAUCCAUCCUGUGCUGAUGUUGAAAAGCCUAACCUGGAACAGGCCUUGAUGUCUCCGCUGUGUGGUGGAAACAUAGUGAAGCAGAUGAUGGUGGAAACAUCAUGCAGCAUUUUGUCUGGAAAUCUCUUCAAAGAGUGCAAAAAAUUUGUGAAUCCUGAGCCCUACAUAGACAUCUGCAUGUAUGACACCUGUGCUUGUGAGUCUAUUGGGGACUGUGCCUGUUUCUGUGACACCAUCUCUGCCUACGCUCACGUCUGUGCUCAGAAAGGGAUCGCUGUUCACUGGAGGUCACAGACCCUGUGCCCACAAAGCUGUGAGGACCUGAAUAAAAAUGAAUUAGACUACCAGUGUGAAUGGAGAUAUAACAGCUGUGGGCCUGCUUGUCCCAUAACGUGCCAGCACCCACAGCCUUUGGAGUGUCCCCUGCAGUGUGUGGAAGGAUGCCAUGUACACUGUCCUGCAGGGAAAAUACUUGAUGAACUGUCCCUGGAUUGUGUCAGUCCAGAAGACUGUCCCGUGUGUGCAGUUGGAGAUGACAAGAUCCCACAUGGAAGGAGAGUAGUUUUGAACAGAGAUGAUCUACAGCGCUGUCAGUCUUGUCUGUGUGAAGGGAAGAACUUAACCUGUGUAGCCUGUGAGCCCGUGGAG